AAAAAGUAAAAUACACGUUCUUUGUCUGCUUUUUUGUAAAUAAAAAUAAAUAUAAAUAAUAUUGUUAAUUCUGUUUUUUUGUUUUCUCUAUUUGUAAACGUUAAAAAAGAGUUUUGUGAGAAGAAAAAACAAACAAAAUGACAAACGAAGAGAGUUGGCAGGAAAUAAUAACAGCCUCUAAAGAAAAUCGACAUGAAUUAAUAUUAAGCGGUGUGGAAAUAUCAAAAAGAAUUUCAUCUAAUGGUCUUGAUAGGACAUUAUUUUUUCUUGAAAAUCUCAAUUAUUUAAAUAUUCAUCAAACAGAAUUAACUGAAUUACCAAUUGAAAUUGGUAAUCUCAUUAAUCUCACGACACUUGUUCUUCAUUCAAAUCAAUUGAAAACAAUUCCAUGCACAAUUAAGAAAUUAACAAAACUCAAAGUUUUUGAUUGUUCACGUAAUAAAUUGGAAUUAUUGCCAAAUGAAUUAAGUGAAUUACCAUCGAUAACGACAAUUAAUUUCAGUUCAAAUUCACUAAAUCAUUUACCAUCGCAGGGAAAAAAUGUGAAAUUAGCAUUAUUGGAUUUGUCGAAUAAUAAAUUUGAUAAAUUUCCCGAUAUUUGUUACAAUGAACUUGUACAUCUCGCUGAAGUUCGAAUUAAUGGGAAUUUAAUUGAAAAUAUUCCCGGCGAUAUUCACGUGUUAAUUGCCCUGAAACUUUUUGAUUUGUCCGAUAAUAAAAUUUCCAUUGUCCCACGAGAAUUGUCGGACUGUGGAAAAUUAAAGGACCUAAAUUUAAAGGGUAAUAAUUUGUCGGACAAACGUUUAUCGAAAUUAGUCGAUCAAUGUCGUACGAAGCAAGUACUCGAUUAUGUGAGGCAACAUUCGCCGAAAAUGUCAGGCGACAAUGAUUCAACGUCAGUGAAAACGAAGAAAGGAAAAAAAUCACGAAAAUUAUCGGAAAAUGAGCAAAAUGUGAAUGUUAUUGAUAAAUUAACGCACGAAUUGAAAGUCAUGAAAAUAACUGAUGAAACGCCAAACAUUGAAAUUAAUGAAAAAGUGAAGACAGUUCGUCCACAUAUUAUUGCGUGUAUUGUUCGCAAUAUGACAUUCACUGAUGAGAGUUUUAAGAAAUUCAUUCAAUUACAAACGAAAUUACACGAUGGAAUUUGUGAGAAACGAAAUGCUGCGACCUUAGCGACACAUGAUUUAAAUCUUCUAAAAGCUGGAAAUCUCAAGUACACAGCAAUGCCGCCGGCAGAAAUUCAAAUUAAGCCACUAAUGCGAAACAAAAUCUAUUCGGGCGCUGCACUUUUUAAUCAAUUGCAAAUGGAGGCGGAAAAUUUGCGUAAAGAAAAGAAGCGCAGCGUUUAUUCAGGAAUUCAUAAAUAUUUGUACCUGAUUGAAGGAAAAGCAUUGUUCCCCUGUCUUUUGGACAGCGACAAUCAAGUAAUUUCCUUUCCACCAAUCACCAAUAGUGAUAUCACAAAAAUGUCGACGAGCACAAAAAAUAUUUUUAUCGAAGUGACAAGUGCGACUUCACAAAAAAUUUGCAGACAAGUAAUGGAUCAAUUCCUGAAGGAAAUUGUUAUCCUAGGAUUGGGUUGUACACCGGAAUCAAACGAGACGGAAGAAUUUCACAAACUGAUCGUGGAACAAGUGAAAGUCGUUGAUUCUGAGGGAAAUAUGAAACAAGUUUAUCCUUGCAGGACAGAUUUGAACUUUGAGGAUAACAGCAUUGCGAUAAAUCGCGAAUAAAAAUUUUUUUUCUUGUUUAUUUUACCUUUUUU